CACGUUUUGCGACCCUGCUGAAGGUACGCCUUCCAUAGCCCUGUGUUAAAGGACAAGCUGUGCCGGCCCUGCUUCCUGAAAUCUAACUGAAAUGCACACUCCCGCUGAAUCGCUGUUUUGCAAACGCGAAUCCAUUAUUAAGGCAGGACAAUUCAGGAAAGAAGCUUUACAUAGAAGAGCCCAUGAUUACACGGAACGCUCACCUGACAGCUAGAAGCAGCAAGUGUGAAGAGGAGCCGUCUGACCAGGACAAGUAGCAUAUAACAAUGGAGUGGGCUGUUUAGUGCUGUACCUAUAUGCACAAUGCUCUGUUGCACGUAAGUUUUUUGCAAAUGGAUACCGAACACAGAAAAAAAAAUUCAACUGGCUUUAAAUUCGUUAAACAGAAGAGCAACAUUGCUGAGCAAAAGAACUUGCUUGGGAAUCAGCACGUGAAACUCAAUACAGGGAAAUUUCUAAAGAAAAAAGCCAGUUCAGGGGAACCGAAAUGUAAAACUUGUCCAGAAAGUUCAUGGACUGUAUGUAGCCUCACUUCAAGAGAACAAGAACAAGGUGAGAGUGGCAUACUUCAUCUCAAAGAAUCUGAUAUCAAAUGGAUCAACAAAUAUUCAGAAAAGAAAUGGACGCAUAUGGAGCAUAUCAAAAACAUGGAAAUCAGCAACACUCAUGAUUCAGAAAUUAUAGCAAAGGCUAAGAAGUUGCCUUUUGAAACUAGAAAUGUUGGUCAUUUGUUACUUCCGCAAACAAAUAUACUAAAUGUGUCGAGGGUGGAUGUUAAACAGAAUCUGUAUCACCCCUUUCAUGCCAAAGAUUCUGCUCCAACCAUAUCGCAGUUAGCUAAAGUACAGGGGAGCAAACACACUUUAACAACGGAAACUAUUUUGCAUGGUCAUGAUGGUGACCUGUUUGAAGAAUCCGCUUGUGAUAUUGAAAUUCCUUUUUGUCAGCCCCAUAACAACAUUCCUGAUCCUAAAUCUUCUGUACAGCCAAUAGAUAAAAUGCACAAAGACCUUUAUGAUAAACAUUUCAUCUCUUACAGAGAUAUGCCUUCUGUGAAUACUAAAUUUGAAAAUAAAGAUACUAACAAUAAUGUAUCUUUCAGGACAACAGUAAGUACAUCUGUUACUGAACAUAAAGAGAUAAAAAUCAGAAGGUCAUCUCCAUCUCAAGAUAAGGAAAAAGUAGAAACAAUAGUCAACAAGCAAAAAGAUAAGCCUGCAGAGAACUCGAUAUACAGGAGAUUUUUGCUUAUUGACAGCCAAGGGCUGCCAUACACUGUGGUAGUUGAAGAACCAAAAUCAGUAAAAACUAGUAACCUAUAUAAUCAGACAAAUUUGAAUAGUUCAUUUAAUGGUGCAUCUAAAUCUUUAGCACCUCGUAAAGUUUAUACAUGCCCAGUGUGCUUUCGGAUAUUUGAGUAUUUUUCCUACCUCCAGAGGCAUAGUAUUGCCCACUCCCAACAAAAACCUCAUCUGUGCAAGAUUUGUGGUAAAGCAUUUAAGAGGACUUCUCAUCUUACACGCCACAAAUAUACUCAUUUUAGAGGAAAACCUUUCCAGUGCCAGAUUUGCCAGCACACUUGCCGGGACAUGAGGGAGCUGACACGUCAUAAGCAAAUCCAUACUGGAGAAAAACAUCAGUGUGAUGUUUGCUAUAUGAACUUUAGCGACUGCAGCUCUUUGCAAUGUCACAUUUCCUAUCAUACAACCAUAAUAUCUGGGGAUACAGAGUUGAAAUAACUUUAUGUGGAUGUACAAUCCCAGAUUAUUUUAGUUUACCUUGGACAAGUUGGUAAAGAUCAGGCUCCAUGUUAUGGAAUAGUAUGGAACUUGUGGCUUUAUCAUUUGCUCUCCUAAGGACAGCUCAAGCAAAAUAUGUUAAAUAUGCAUGUGUUUAUUUGAUUAGCUGUGAGAACACAUUAAAUACCUAAUCAAAUAUUGUAUCGUAUAUAUUAUGUUACUGCUUUAGCAAAUUGGUUCUUCCUUAUUUUAACUUUUUGCUAUGCACAUUUGCGUAAAUUAAUGAUGCCAGAAUGCAGAGUAAAAAUGUAUUUAUUACUCGUAAGUAUGCAUGUGUCGGACCAUAAAAUAUGCAGAAUAAUCCAAGUAGCAGAUCUGAACUCCUGAAAAUCUUUUUCUUAUUGUGGACAUGCAACAGAACUGAGUUACAAUCUUCUUGAGGAAGCCACAGUCUGCUAUAUUUAACAUUGUGGAUAUUAAGAACAUUUUUCAGUUCUUCUGAUUUUUAUCUGUUGUUCUAUCAUCUAUCUACAUGUUACCUAUUACAGUGAAAGUGAUGGCACUAACAUGCAAGUGCUUCUGCCAUCUAAUAUUUAACUAUUAUAUAUUCAUUGUGUUUUACAUAGUUUAUUGCUACUGUCUGAUAUAUGUAUUCUGAUUUAGUUCUGUAAUUACUAUAGUAAGUGAUUGUUCAAAAUUUCAUGAGUGACGUUAUAAUCCCAGUGGCAAUGUUUUCCUACAGUCACAACCUUUAAUAUUAGUUUUAUGAUGGUGUUAGGAUUACUGACCAGUUCUAGUUAUGACAGCAUUAUUCUGUAUUAACCUUUUCAUAUAGCAAAGUUAAUGAUCCAUAAAUUGUGUUGAAAUAUUUGAUACAGUUGUAUUAGUGUAGCAUAAUCUACAUGUUUUAUAUUUUCAACCUUCUUAUUAUAUUCUCACUAAAGCAUUUAUAGAAUAAAA